GUAACACUGUAGGCUAGUCAGUGGAGCAGUGUAUACCGUGGAGAUCUGCCACUAGUACGGACAACAAUCAUGGUGUGACAGGCUAUAUACCCUCGUGCAAGUCACAUAUAUUUAUAUAUAUGUAUAUACACACGUAGCUAAAAACUAUUGGGAUUUACUAAAGAGGAACUCGUGUUUACAUGUCAGCCAUGUGGCUAAGUGUUCUGCAGGCUGUGAUAUGUGGAAGCUUAUUCUUUACAAUAAGUUCAGGACUGGAGUGCGUUUGCACAACCCAGGAGUGCAUAGACCGGAAGAUGACGACAUGUCGUGCGUCACACUACUGUUACAGCGAGACGAUUGACGACCCAUUGUUUAAACAUCUGACGUCACGGGGCUGCAUUGACAGUAGCACACCCCUACUGUGUGAGAACCGCCGCCCUGCCAAGCUGAAGGCAGCAUGGCCAGUCCUCCACUGUUGUAACGACAAAAGUUUCUGUAACAAGAACGUCGUACCGACUCAACCUCCACGACCAGUACCGGAAGUAGAGGAACCGGUAUACGAGGAUUUCAACACCGAGCCAACCCCUCAACCGGCCGGAUGUCCAAACCAGCAUGGGACCAGCAACUCCAACAGUAUGAUCAACCCAAUCUACAUAGCAGUUCCGGUCGCAGGAGUCUGUGUACUCCUCGCUCUUAUUAUCUUUGCUAUGUAUCUUUUGCGCAGGCGCACAGACUAUUACGAGAGGUACCAGUAUCCGCGUACCGUCUCGGUGCCACAACAUCAUCAACAGUGCAGUGACGCAAAGUGUGCGAACGCAUGCAAACUGAAUAGAUGUACAGACAGUGAACGAUCAUCAUCGGGCAGUGAAACCAAACUAUUCUUAUAGGGGUGUCUGAUGAAAUCACCAUCCCUUACCACAUACCUUAUAAGGCUACCCUACAACAAAGCCAUGAUGAAAUGUCGCUCCGAGAACAUGUUUGGCAUGAGCGGAAGUCUCUGACAGCUGAACUCGGCCUAGCCAAGGAAAAGCAACUUCCUUUGAAAUGUUGGUUUUCCAUCCUUUGAAGAUUUGGAUGAAUGCAGCAGACAUUGGCAUGUAGAACUGUAAUUGGGACAAAUUAUUACUAAUUGUCGGAAUAUACAUUAAUGUUGCCAAUACUAUAUUUUAUCAGAAUUUCACCACUCUCAUUAGCUGAUGUUUAACAUUACUCUCUGAGAUGGAGACUUUCGAUAAUAUGAAAUGUGAAUCUUUAAGAUUUUUCAAUAAGUUGUACUUUUAUGAGCGGCAUAAAAACAUUGCUUGGAAAUUCACUUUGCCUGCUCGGUUUGUCGCUCGAUCAGAGACUCGGGCGACACAAAGAAAGGGUAGCCAGUACGGACAAUGUCUCAUUUGUGUAUCAUUGUAAAUACGUCAUUUCCUGUCACGUGUCUUGCAUUAAUGCAAUCGUUAAAUAUGUUCCAUUAUUAUUUAUAGAGAGUAAGGGCGUCUUGCUAGAUGAACGAAAGGGGGAUGAUGAGCAUAAGAAUGAGAAGAAGAUAGUGAGCACAUGAACGAAAAUGAAGACGAUAUUAUGACACUAUUUGCAAUAGAGUUGAUGUGUCAAGUAUAAUGCGCACAGGAGAUGACUGUGGUAUGAGAGUUGGAGAGUGAUGGGUUAUGGAGACUGACGCUAAUAUCGUGAUGUUAAAAGUUAAAGAGGCGAAUGAGGUAGCUGAGUCGUUGUUAAACUGGUGUGAUUGAUGUUUGAGGCUGGUGUAUUGUAGGGUGAUCAUUGUCCUCCAUCUCAUGUGUCAAGUACCCAAUACUGUUACUGUGUACAUAGCUCCGAUCUCUCAUUAACAGUCAGGGUACUUGUGUUUACCUCUUUAUUUGUUUGUUGCCGUCGUUCUGCUGUUGGCCACGAAUCAAACACUCAACUGACUCUGAUCGCGUCAUGGUCAAUCAUAAUCUGGUUUGGUUAUCGUGAGACCCGAGAGUUGAUCAAAUACCCGUCUUACAAACAAAAAAGCUUGGUCUGGAAAUGGCAUCUUUAAAAAUUAUAUUAAUAUUCGAAAAAACCGUUUAUCAAUACUGUAUGAAAAAUUCCAUGAUGUGCGAAUAAUAAUAUUUAAUAUCUGUAAUCAAAUUUGUAAUUUAAAUGGCAUUUCGAACAAAACAUAUUUAUCAACGCCUGAUCAUUCUCGAAUAGCUAAGCAUAAAAAAGAAGGCAGCAAAACGCGUGACUGUUUCAUUGUUUGUGUACGUGUUUCAGGCUGUUCAUGUAAAUAUGGCAUCAAUGUAUUCCUCAGGGUAAACAAAUGUCUCAAACCAUCUGCGCAUGCUCAGAUUACCGAUGGAACUUAACGAUCAUUGGAAAAAGUGAUGUAUGUUAAAUGUUGUGAUGUUAUGAUAUCGUAAGUAUUCGAUGAAAAAAUGAAAUCAAUGAAUGUUAUAACAUUAGUGUGUAUGAACAAGGGGCAUGGACACUAAAGCUAAUACAUUAUUAAACAUUCGACAUACAGUAAAACGUGGUAAUAGGUUUGAGCUAGCGAAUGGUGUAUAUACUAACACACAAAUAAUUGUACAUUUGUAAAUAAAUAUAUCUCGUGCUGUAUACAUUUUACUACUUACCGUAGUUACACACGUAAAUGGCUAUUACGGUUACACACGAGUGUAGUUACCAUGGUAACAAACUAAUGUGGAUACUAUUAUAACAUAUUUGGGUGUUAACUACAGUUACACUCUUAAGUGGUUACUAUGGUAACAGACUAUUGUUGAUGCUAUAACAUAUUUAGGUUAUAACUAAGGUGAUACACUUAAGUGGGUACUAUAGCUACUCUCGUUAGUGGUUACUAUGGCAACAAACUAUUGUGGAAACUAUGAUAACAUAUUUGGGUGUUAACUACAGCUACACUCUUAAGUGGUUACUAUGGUAACGAACUAUUUUGGGUACUAUAACAUAUUUAGGUGGUUAUUACGGUGGUACACUUAAGUGGUUGCUAUGGUAACAAUCUUAUGUGGUCACUAUUAUUACACAUUUAUGUGGUUACUAUGGCUACACACUUAAGUGGGUACUAUGGUUACAAAAUUAUGUUGUUACUAUGAUUACAUAUUUAUAUGGUUACUAUGGUAACACAAUCUACUAUAAGUGCUAAUAUCGUCUCGUCUUUCAACUGCUGUUAUAUAAUAGACAAUAUUUGCCUUAAUUUACAGUACCUCUUUGGACUAUGGUAUUUUAUUAGUCUUUGAAUUAUUUUAAUUCUAUCUGAUGUUGAACUAGUCAGUUCUAUGACGUCAUUGAUGACGGAAAUGUUUCCUUCGGAUGUGAACUUAUAUCAUCAUGAUCGCUAAAGAAUAAUUUCAAAUGCCCAUUACCCACUCCUUUGCAAAAGCAGAGACUGAUUAGAAAUCAAUCCAGAUUGUUUGCUUCCACGGCAUGUUAACAAUCUAUGAUAUAUUGAUUCAAGUUUUCAUCAAGGCAAAACAAUCAAAUAAUUUGAUAAUAACAUAUAGAAUAUGUUUUAAUAUAUAGCGAUAUUGAUGUGGAAAUGUGCAAUGGCCUCCGGUAUAAGUCAUCGUAAACGGCAUGGAGUAGAAUCUCAAUAAAGACGUUAUUGGACCGACACUCGCUGACAUCUAGACGUAGCAGGCUUAGAUGCUCCAAAUUAUACUAACAUCUUUUAUUUUUAUUUUUGUUUAUCUAUUUUUUUAAUCAAACUUUUUUUUAUAUAAAUAAAAAUAACAUAUUUUUCUCGAAAACCGACAGGUCGCAGAAUUCGGCUUCCAUAUAAUAAUCUAAUCAAAUUUGUUUUAUAUUUAAGGCUCUGUCACGCAUUUUUGUUCUUUUUUUUUCAUUUCAUAAUUCAUCCGAUAUAAUGUGGUGUCACUGAUUAUGUCAUUUCCGGGCUACAUCCUGAACAUGAGGCUGAAAAUUGUUUCAUGGGGUUCUGGCGAUGAAUAUCAUUUCAAUUAUCAUUAUUUUUGCGCAAUAAGCGAUAAUCAAAUGAAACUAUUGUGAUGGAUGGGGGAAAGAAGAUUUUAAAUAAAAUGAAAUAUACAAAAU